CCGGGGAGGGUUUCAUAGAAACAGACAAAUAGAGACAGAUAGGGACAGACAGACAGACAGACAUAGGGCAACAAGGAGGGCACAAGAGGCACCAGUGGGGGCACCUACCUGUAGCACCCAUGUCUCCAUCUUGUCUGUGCUGUUUGCUCCUUCUCGCCCUCGCGGUGCUUGGGGAGGAAGAAGAUGGACAAAGCAGAGAUGGGAGCCAUUCAGUAGCACAAUGUGCAAAGCCGACAGCACCAGGAAUAGAAAGUGUUUCCAACCAGAGAGAACCAAACAGAGAUUAUUAUAACCGGGGAGAAGAGGUGACGGUGACCUGUGCCCCCGGGUAUCAGUCUGUGUCUCAGAUAAUCAGAUGUAAGAAAACUGAGAAGAAUGGUACCCGCAGUAACUGGGAUGUGUCGCUCCCCUGUAUUGCUUUCCAGGUAAAUGUAAGGCGUGUCACUCCCACCAGUAUCUCCCUCCAAUGGGAAUGUCAGCCUGGGCCCUGCCGCUCAUACUGGUACAUGAGUGUUUCCUGUGAGGCAGGGGGGCAAAUCCGUGGCAGCAGCCAGAUACACACAGUGACAGAGGGGGCUACAGUCAGGGGGUUAGAGCCCCACACUGAGUAUAUAAUCACCAUCUCUGGGCUCAGACGAGGCAAAUGGACAGAACUGGAGAGAAGAACCAUUAGGACAGAGGAGUCAGCUCCGGGGAAACCGGAUUUUACUCAGUAUCCCAGUAUUAAUAAUAAUACGCUAAAAUGGCGACUGUCAGAGACGCAUGGAGUCCUUACUGGGUACCAGCUGAACAUCUCGGCCCAUAGAGAAUACGAUAUUACCUUCAGUGAAACAGAAUCUCAUUGGCUGGGACCCAACGUGACAGAGUUUAAUAUGGAGCUCAGAAACGGAACCAACUACACUGUGACUCUCCGAGGCUUCACUGUAUCUGGGCCCGGGGAACCUGCAGUCUGGGCUCACGAGACUUCUAUAGGAGAACCUCCGGAGCCAAUAAACAAAUGGAUAGGAGUAGCCAACCAAGCCGCCUUCUUUCUACUUCAUUCUGUUCCCUCUCAGCACGGACCAAUCAGUUCCUAUGAGAUAAUUAUCGCCCAGGGCUGGAAUGGGAGCCUGAGGCAGUUAUGCACCAGCUACACCAGCACACUGUACAACUCCAGCCAAGUUCCGACUCUGUACACUGCAAUGCUACUCCCAGCUGAGAAUGUUACAGGGAGUAUGAAUGUGACCCUCGGGGAUGGGCGGCACGAUGGCACCUUCUACAAUGCUCCUCUGAGAUCAGAUCAGAACUACACACUCUACGUGAGAGUCACCAGUACAUGGAAGAAGGUGACUAAAUCGUCCUGCACCAGAUUUGGCCCCUUCCGCAGAAAACUAAAAUUCACACAGUUUCCGAUUAAUAAUAAUAAUAAUAUACUGAGAUGGCGACUGUCGGAGAUACAUGGAGUCGUUAUUGGGUACCAGCUAAAUAUGGUGGCCUGGAAGGAACAUACUGUGAUAGAGGAGGAAUCCCAGCGGUUACCCCCUAAUGUGAUGGAACAUAGAAUUCCCAUGGAACCCGGCAGCAGUUACAUGGUUACAGUCCGGGCUCUCACAGCCGCUGGGCCUGGGGAGGCUUCACUCUGGCUCUCAGGUACCCCUAAAGCCACAGGCGCCUCAGACUCAUAUGUUCGGGUGUCGCUGGUGCUGAAGCCGCUGUUUCUGACCGUUCUGAUCCUCAUCCUCCUGUGCGUUACUGUGAAGGAGAAGUGGGAGCAGCGGGGGGCAGGAGACGAGAAUCAAUGGAUUGAAACAGAGAGGGGGGGCAGCGAGGAGAUGGCGCCCCUGUAAGGCUCUCCCACUAACUGCCCCUUCUGCCCCUGCAGCUGUACCCAGGCCUCUAUAUACCCAAUCAACUGUCACAUGUGGGAAAUGGAUCAGGAAGCUGCCAUGUAGUAUAAAGUCUGUAAUAAAUGAGAGAGGAUUCAUCAUAAUUCCCUGAGUUGUUUGAAAUAUUGUAUCUGGGAACCCACAAACUAACAAUGGGGGGGGGGGAAUGGCCCCUCUACAUCAUUACCCACAGAUAUUCCCAGAGAAUAGAAAGAUCCGACUCACUAAUACUCACAGAGGAACCCACAAACUAACAAUGCGGGGGGGAAUGGCCCCUCUACAUCAUUACCCACAGAUAUUCCCAGAGAAUAGAAAGAUCCGACUCACUAAUACUCACAGAGGAACCCACAAACUAACAAUGGGGGGGAGGAAUGGCCCCUCUACAUCAUUACCCACAGAUAUUCCCAGAGAAUAGAAAGAUCCGACUCACUAAUACUCACAGAGGAACCCACAAACUAACAAUGGGGGGGGAGGAAUGGCCCCUCUACAUCAUUACCCAGAGAUAUUCCCAGAGAAUAGAAAGAUCCGACUCACUAAUACUCACAGAGGAACCCACAAACUAACAAUGGGGGGGGGGGGGAAUGGCCCCUCUACAUCAUUACCCACAGAUAUUCCCAGAGAAUAGAAAGAUCCGACUCACUAAUACUCACAGAGGAACCCACAAACUAACAAUGGGGGGGGGGGGAAUGGCCCCUCUACAUCAUUACCCACAGAUAUUCCCAGAGAAUAGAAAGAUCCGACUCACUAAUACUCACAGAGGAACCCACAAACUAACAAUGGGGGGGGGGGGAAUGGCCCCUCUACAUCAUUACCCACAGAUAUUCCCAGAGAAUAGAAAGAUCCGACUCACUAAUACUCACAGAGGAACCCACAAACUAACAAUGGGGGGGGGGGGAAUGGCCCCUCUACAUCAUUACCCAGAGAUAUUCCCAGAGAAUAGAAAGAUCCGACUCACUAAUACUCACAGAGGAACCCACAAACUAACAAUGGGGGGGGGGGAAUGGCCCCUCUACAUCAUUACCCACAGAUAUUCCCAGAGAAUAGAAAGAUCCGACUCACUAAUACUCACAGAGGAACCCACAAACUAACAAUGGGGGGGGGGAAUGGCCCCUCUACAUCAUUACCCAGAGAUAUUCCCAGAGAAUAGAAAGAUCCGACUCACUAAUACUCACAGAGGAACCCACAAACUAACAAUGGGGGGGGGGAAUGGCCCCUCUACAUCAUUACCCAGAGAUAUUCCCAGAGAAUAGAAAGAUCCGACUCACUAAUACUCACAGAGGAACCCACAAACUAACAAUGGGGGGAGGAAUGGCCCCUCUACAUCAUUACCCACAGAUAUUCCCAGAGAAUAGAAAGAUCCGACUCACUAAUACUCACAGAGGAACCCACAAACUAACAAUGGGGGGGGGGGGAAUGGCCCCUCUACAUCAUUACCCACAGAUAUUCCCAGAGAAUAGAAAGAUCCGACUCACUAAUACUCACAGAGGAACCCACAAACUAACAAUGGGGGGGGGGGGGAAUGGCCCCUCUACAUCAUUACCCAGAGAUAUUCCCAGAGAAUAGAAAGAUCCGACUCACUAAUACUCACAGAGGAACCCACAAACUAACAAUGGGGGGGGGGGGAAUGGCCCCUCUACAUCAUUACCCACAGAUAUUCCCAGAGAAUAGAAAGAUCCGACUCACUAAUACUCACAGAGGAACCCACAAACUAACAAUGGGGGGGGGGGGAAUGGCCCCUCUACAUCAUUACCCAGAGAUAUUCCCAGAGAAUAGAAAGAUCCGACUCACUAAUACUCACAGAGGAACCCACAAACUAACAAUGGGGGGGGGGGGAAUGGCCCCUCUACAUCAUUACCCAGAGAUAUUCCCAGAGAA